AUGUGGCUCGUUAGAAACGCCUUAGAUCGCCGUACAGCCAAAUUGCUGACAGAAACAGCAACUGAGUUGGCGUCAAAGGCUGGGGGGGCACAUGUGAUUAAGUUUAUUGUUGAUGAUCUGAAAGACCCCAGCGAGCCGUUUAGAAGAGUUACACUGGAAACGAUUGAGCAGAUAAUUGUGAACGGCGGUGUUGCAGACAUCGAUGGUAGACUGGAAGAGCAGUUGAUUGAUGGGCUGUUAUACGCGUUUCAAGAGCAAACCACUGAGGAAACUGUGGUGCUGUUAAACGGAUUUUCAACAAUUGUGAACGCCCUGGGCACCCGUGUAAAGCCCUAUCUGCCUCAGAUUUGUGGUGUUAUUCGUUGGAGGCUGAACACUCCAUCAGCGAAACUGCGGCAACAGGCAGCAGAUCUGGUGUCACGCAUUGCCACUGUUAUGUUCAAGAGCGGUGAGGAGCAGAUGUUGGGGCACUUGGGUUUGUUCUUGUACGAAUACUUAGGGGAGGAGUACCCAGAUGUGUUGGGAAGCAUUCUUUGCGCCCUAAAAGCCAUCGUGAAUGUUAUUGGAAUGAAUAAAAUGACGCCUCCUAUCAAGGACUUGCUGCCGCGUCUGACGCCGAUUCUCAAGAACAGACAUGAGAAAGUACAGGAGAACCUUAUUGACCUCAUUGGUCGUAUUGCAGAUCGUGGAGGCGACUUGGUUUCGCCGAAGGAAUGGGACAGAAUUUGUUUUGAUCUUUUAGAUUUACUGCGGGCACAGAAAAAGAGUAUUCGAAGAGCCACUGUGAACACCUUCGGGUAUAUCGCCAGAACAAUCGGGCCUCAGGACGUGCUGGCCACUCUCCUCAACAAUUUGAAAAUGCAAGAACGCCAGCUGCGUCUUUGCACGACUAUUGCCAUUGCUAUUGUGGCAGAAACUUGUCUGCCGUAUUCCGUGUUGCCUGCACUUAUCAACGAAUACCGUGUGCCUGAACUUAACAUUCAAAACGGUGUGCUGAAGACUCUUAGCUUCAUGUUUGAAUACAUUGGCGAAAUGGCCAAAGACUACAUCUAUACGGUCACGCCCUUGCUAGAAGAUGCUCUCAUGGACAGAGAUCUUGUGCACAGACAAACGGCAGCUUGGGCGUGCAAGCACCUUGCAUUAGGUCAGUUUCUCCUCAUCGCAACUCUACCUUUCUGUUUUUGUUAUUCACAUUUGCACUCGAAGCUGUUAGCAACUGUAGCAACAAACUAG